CGGCGGAUCGUUUUCACAGCUGGAAAUAACAAACGCGGAAACCGAUUAAACCGUAAACCCGGAAGAAUCCGUCGAAUAUCAAUAAGUGUCCACAGGCCAUCCUUCUUCUUGACUACACCUGGUACAUUUAACUCCGAAAGCCAUUUUUAAGGUGUUUGUGGGACUGUGACUGAUCAUGAUGGGUGCACUCGGAAAUGUUCGGCGUGGCGGUCGCUCCCCGGCUUUGAUGAUGGCGGCUCUCAUCUCCUGCGUCCUGCUCCUCGGCUUCAACUACUGGGUCUCAAACUCAAAAAUCAGCGAGCUGCAGAGCAGGAUAUUGGAGAUGAAGGGUGACAUGAGGGAGCUGGCUGCAGACAGAGACCAAGAGCAGCAGAGCAAGCUGAAGGCCAUGGACGAGAUACGCCGCCAGAAGGAUCAGAUGGAGUUAAUGGAGGAAACACACCAGAGACAGCAGGAGAACACUCUCAUCACCUGGAAACACGAAAGAGAUAAACUGAAGCUCAAUAUUUCCUCCAGUAUUAAAACAAUGCAGGACAUGAAGAACCGCAUGAAGUCCAUAAUGGAGGAUGUUAAUAAAAGUCAGAGUGAGCUGAAAUCCUGUCAAAGUAACAUGGACACACUUAAUAAGAAAGCCACCAGUGAAAUGACUCAGUGCAACAAACAAAUUGAGGCCACGAAAGACGAAUGCAAUGCAAAAAUUGCAGCUGCCAAACUGGAAAAGCAAAAGACAUCAGAAAAGGUUGCUCUACAGAAUGCUGAUGGUUCCGAAGGGAAAGUCUCUGUUUCAAAAGCCAAAUCUGAUUUCCCCACUACAAACCAUUCUGAUAAAAAUGUGGCAGAAUCUCCAAAAGGCAAACCAGAUGUGGGUUCACAGUCUAAAAAUGAUGCUCACGUCCAAACCAAUAAGUUAUUAGUGGAAAAGGAUGAGAAAGGUGCUGUAAUUUUACAGCCCAUCCCCUCCUCUAAACUUGCCAAUAAGAAUGAGACUCUUAAGAAACCAGCCAAUGAAGAAGUUGCUGAAGCAGUGGUGGAUGUUAAAGCAAAGGCUUUAAAGGCUGCAGAUACUGUAAAGGAUAAAGCAGGGGUUUUAAACCCAAAGGAAGAAGACAUUGGGAUUGGAGACCCAAAGGAAGAAGACCUGGCGAUUGGAGACCCAAAGAAAGAUGACAAGGGGAUUAGAGACCCAAAGAAAGAUGACACAGUGAUUGGAGACCCAAAGGAAGAAGACCUGGGGAUUGAAGACCCAAAGAAAGAUGACACGGGGAUUGGAGACCCAAAGAAAGAUGACACAGUGAUUGGAGACCCAAAGGAAGAAGACCUGGCGAUUAAAGACCCAAAGGAAGAUGACAAGGGGAUUAGAGACCCAAAGAAAGAAGACCUGGGGAUUGGAGACCAAAAGGAAGAAGACCUGGGGAUUGGAGACCCAAAGGAAGAAGACCUGGGGAUUGGAGACCAAAAGAAAGAUGACAUUGGGAUUGGAGACCCAAAGGAAGAAGACUUGGGGAUUGGAGGUGAGAGAGAGGAAGAUGUCAACAUUGAGGACAGGAAAGAUGAAGAUGCUGCAGGUGGGAAGGAAGGUGCCAUUAUGUAUGAGGAUGAGGGCGAGAUUGAAAAACAGCUGUCCAAGAUUAAAGAUGAAAAUCAAGGUGUUGGUCAAGAUCUAGUGGAUGAUGUGGCAAAUUACAAUGGUGACGAUGAAAACCAACCAGAAUCUGAGGAUGAGAAGCAGGCAGAGCUUGCAGAGAUGUGGAAUUGACAGCAACAAUUCUUCCAGCUAAAGACCGGCACAGAUUCUCAUUAGUGACUGUUCGGAACCUCCCCAACAGGUGGAGAAGACACCUGCUGUAAAGAGUGAUUUGUUCUGGAUGAUUUAUGCACUACUGUGUAAAGAAGAAUAUGUGUAUCAUCUGUCUUACCAGAACAGACAUGCUGAAAUCAUAAUUUUUCUAUUACUGGUUUUAGGUUGAACUUGAAUGUAACUACUACUCUUAUGACAUUGAGCCUUUAAAUCAAUGCAUCAUGGUGAAUUUUCCUUCUUAAAGGGGUCAUAGGGUACCCAUUCUCUUUUCUAAUUUAGUUACAAUUUCUCAAUGGUAGUGUAAAAAAACACCUUUUUACCCUGUCAAAAACAGCUCUUUUUAGAGCACACAGUUUUGUAUAAUUUUCCUUUAAAUGUUAAUGAUCUCUGCUGACCCCGCCCCUCUCUUCCAAGCUGCUCUCUGAGGCACUGUUUAUUUUAGCCUUAUUCAUUGUGAAACUUGACAAUUGGCAACUUAUUAGGAAAGGCAAUUAGCAAAGAUUAUUAAAAAAAAAAAAUUCUUCUGUAGGUGAAGCUGGAUCAUGAAUGAUUUGUGCAAACAUAGACACAUUUAUGUAGAUUGGGGAAGCAUUCCUUUCAGAAACAAAUGUAAUCCACUGCGUCUUCAGCGGCUCAGAUGUGGGGAGUAAAUUAGCUGCUGUGUUCAUUAUUACAUCCAACAACAGAACACCUCAAUCGCUCAGGAGUCAUUCUUGUCUACAUAUGCUCUGUGGUGAAACCAUGCUGGACUGAUGACAGCUCACUCAGGGUGGAGCUAAAGUAAGACACCAGUCCAGUCUGUGCUGAAACGCUACUGUUAAUCAAACUAUCAUAGGAGGGGCCAGGGGUGAAAAAUUCUUAGAAUUUUAGGGUAGUUGUGUACACACACUGCCAACUCACAUUUCAGUUCAAACAACUUGUAAAAGUGCACGUAGCUUCAUAUGACCCCUUUAAAUGAAAUAUUUUUUGUUCUUGAACAAAAGCAACAGUGUCUGCUACAAAAGCUACUUUAUAUGGUCUUAAUGGUUUUGUUUUGUUUUAAUGUCUCAACAAUUAGCUAAAAAAAAAAUGCAUAGGAAUAUUAGACUGAAAGACACUUAUCACUCAUUUGACAGUGCAAUCCAGUCCUUCAUAUGCUGUAAAAUUGACUUAUGUUUAUGUAAGAAUUGCAUUUAAAUUUAUUUUUAACUUGUCUUGUUGGGAACUGUAUUUUUUUUUUUUUUUUUUGUAUAAAUGGGUUUCUCACUAAACUCGAAAAGUUG